AUGUCGUCGACUAGAGGCAUGCAGCAGGAUCGAGACGCGAGCAGCGCAGCGGAAGUGACGGAGACGGAUGCAGACUACGCGAGCUACAGCACGGCCGAGCUGCUCGGGCGCAUCACGACGCUGGAACGGCAGCUGCGCGAACAGGCGGCCCUUGUGGCGUCCUUGACUCGGGCGAGUCCGAACCAGGCUCCCCGCUCAUCCUCACCUUUCGUCCGAGAAUCAUCGCCGACGACGACGACCGCGCAGCACCAACCCGCCCCUCCUGGCAACCGCUCCCAAUCGCGAUCGCGAUCGCGAUCCCCGCGCCGCGCCCGCCCGUUCAACCCCUCCCUCUACUCGACGCGCCACAUCGCGCUGAAAUUCGCGUACCUGGGCGGGCGGUACGGCGGGUACGAGCACGCGAACGGCAACGCCACCCCGCAGCCCACGAUCGAAGAGGUGCUGUGGAAGGCGCUCCGAAAGGCGCGGCUGAUUUCGCCCGCCCUGGAGGAGGGGAGCGAUGAGAGCUACGACGUGGUGUGGGGCGAGGAGAAGAGGAGGGAGAGAUAUCUGAAGAAGGGCGCAGCACUAGCACGGGCGCAGGACGGGCGCAGGGGUGGGGGAGACCUCGGGGGCAAGGUUAAGGACAGAGAGAAGGUCCGGUUGGAUCUCAAUUGGGAGGGGUGUCAGUAUAGUAAAUGCGGGAGAACGGAUAGGGGCGUGUCCGCGUUUGGCCAGGUCAUUGGUAUCAGAGUGAGGAGUAACCGGGCGCUGGAAACUAGUCAAGCAAAGAACUCUGUUGACGAGGAAGAGGAGGAGGAGGGCAGGCGGCAUGUGGACGUGAAACAGCAAACUGGCGAAGGCGAAGGCGAGGGCGAGGGCGAGGCGGAAGGUGAUGAUACUAUGCCGUCCAUAGAUGCCACCGACCUCGUCACAGACACCCACACAAAACCCUUCGACCCCAUCAAAGACGAACUGCCGUACAUCUCCCUCCUCAAUUCCAUCCUCCCACCCGAUAUCCGCGUUCUAGCCUGGUGUCCCUCCCCGCCACCGACGUUCGAUGCGCGCUUCUCCUGUCGCGAGCGCCGCUACAAAUAUUUCUUCACCAACCCGGCAUUCUGCCCUACUCCCGGCCCCCUGGGUCUCCAGCGCGCAGAUGGCAUGGCUGGCUCGGCCAGUGUCCGCGAAGGCUGGCUGGAUAUCGAGAAGAUGAGGCAAGCCGCGAGGAAACUUGUCGGGGUGCAUGACUUUAGGAAUCUCUGCAAGAUCGAUGCGAGCAAGCAGAUGCCAAACUGUGUGAGGAGGGUGACGUUUGCGGAUGUGGUUGAGUUUCCCGAGACCGGGAGGAUGUUUUCGGAACAUGAAGGUCUGAACCAAACCGGGUCGGCUUCUUCUAUCCUCGGAAAUGGAGCAUCAGCCUUGUCCGACGGUCCAAAAGUAUAUACCUUCUGCGUCCACGGCACCGCGUUCCUGUGGCAUCAGGUGCGGUGUAUGGUGGCAAUAUUGUUCCUGGUCGGCCAAGGCCUUGAGGAACCAAGCAUCGUCGAUGAAUUGCUGGAUAUUGAAAAGAACCCCCGUCGACCAAUGUACGAGAUGGCUGAUGACGCGCCUUUGGUGCUGUGGGACUGCAUAUUCCCCGACAACGACAAGAAUGGGAAUGGUGGAAUGAUGCAAGACUCUUUACCCUGGCUAUACGCCGGAGAUGCAGCCACAGUCCCUGCGCUCACCACCAGCCUAACCAAGAAAGAUGGGAAAUUUGGGAUUGGGGGCGUGGUAGACGAACUCUGGACUCAGUGGCGCGACGCCAAGAUGCAAGAGCUCCUCGCGGGCAGUCUGCUCGAUCUGGCCAUUUCUCAGGGCGAUGGCACUUCUCUCAACAGAGAAGCGACACGAGACGAGCACCGAAGGGCCAGAGAGCGAAGUCAAAAAGUCUUUGAUGGGAGUAGCAGAGCGAGGAACAGCGGACGGUAUGUUCCUGUGAUGAAAAAGCCGAGGAUGGAUACCUUGGAGGUAUUGAAUGCGAAAUGGGCGAAGAGCCGGGAAGCGAGAGAUAAAGCCAAGGAAGAGUUUGAGGAGACGAAUGCGCAAGUAGAGUAG